AUGGAAGCCUACCUAGACGCUGUAGAUCUAUGGGAGGCUGUUGAAGAUGACUAUGACAUUCCUCUGAUAUUAGACAACCCAACGAUGGCUCAAGUCAAGAAUCACAAGGAAAGGAAAACCAGGAAGUCUAAGGCAAAAGCUUGCCUAUUUGCAGCAAUUUCAGCUACAAUCUUCACCCGAAUUAUGUCUUUGAAAUCAGCUAAAGUCAUAUGGAGUUAUCUCAAAUUUGAAUAUGAAGGAGAUGAUCGAAUUAAAGGCAUGAAAGCACAAGAACAAUGGAUGGUUAUGAGACAAGAAGCAACUGUAGACGAAGCCUUGCCCGCCAAACAUGAAGAUGGUUGGAGAAACAAAAAGAAGAAAAAUAGAAAGCACCAACAAGCAAAUGGAGAAGCUGCGGUGCAUAGGAGCAACAAAAACAAAGCUGGAAGUUCCAAAGGAAAGUACCCACCUUGUAAGCAUUGUGACAGAACUAGCCACUCACCAUUCAAGUGCUGGAAAAGGCCAGAUGCUAAGUGUAACAAGUGCAAUCAACUUGGACAUGAAGCUAUCAUUUGCAAGAACCAAAAUCAGCAGCAAGACACAGAUGCCCAAAUCGCUAAUGAAGAUGAAAAUGAUCAUCUCUUUGUUGUAACUUGUUUUUUAGGUAGCAUUUCAAGCGAUAGCUGGUUGAUUGAUAGUGGAUGCACCAAUCACAUGACUCAUGACAAGGAACUUUUCAAAGAAUUGAAGCCUACAAGAAUUGCAAGAGUCUGGAUAAGUCACGGUGGUCAUAUUCCUACGAAAGGAAUUGGAACUGUUGCUAUUGCAACCCAUUUAGGUACUAAAGUCAUUGAUGAUGUGCUUUACGUACCUGAAAUAGUUGUUUAA